UCUAUCCCGAGCGAGACACAUCCAAUAAUGGCCAAGUUCCAAGCAGUCCUCCUGGUGGUGGCUCUCAGCCUGUUGGCCGUUUCCGAAGCCCAGCAACAGCGCCAGCGGUACUCGCAGCGUCUAAGCCGUGGACGUUCGAGGUAUUCCGCUCGCCAGGAAGUUGCUCCUGCUCCCGCGGACGGUGGUGAUGUGGAUGCCGUGACGCCCUAUCCCUCGGCGGAUGAACUCAAGCCAGAAGUGCCUUUCGAUGAGGCUGCUCCCUCAGCCGCUGAUCCCACACCAGAUGCCGUCUAUGGACCCCCGGAUGCUGCUCCCAAUGCUGUUCCCGACGAGGUCUAUGGCCCUCCGGAUGCGACUGGAAACGAUCUGCCACCUGCCGCUGAUAUUCCUGCAGAGCAGCAGGCCCGCCUGGUGGCCGCCAGAAGAGCGGCUAACUACAGGAGGAAUGCCCAGCAAGUGGCCUCUCGUCGUUCGGUGUCCGCUGCAGCUCGUCCCGCCAAGCUGAGUGUUGCUCGCCCCAUUGUGCGACGUUUCUAGAUGGAAUUUCCCCAUUGGCAAGCUCUGAGAUGACUUUCUUCACCUCAGUGUAUGAUCCAGCUGCCUGUUCGGAAUUCCCGAAACCCAGAACUCAGCAACCAGAACCCCAAAACCCAUGACGAUCCAAAAUGACGACACAGGUACACACACACGUAAACAGACACUAUCUCUCUCGC